AUGGAAGAAAGUAAUAAGAAAAUUAAUAAUAUUGAGGAAUGGAUUAAAAAGGGAGAAGAAAUUGGAGAAAAAGACUAUGAUGAUUUUAUGGAAGAAAUGGACAAACUGGACAAGCGAAUUUCGCAAAUGCUUGAUAAAAUGAAUAAAAAUAGAAGUUGAU